AUGGCGGUGCUCGGUUCCACGCUGCUGCUUCUGUGCCUGGGAACGCUGCUCAUCGCAGCCAGCUCCGCAGAUUACCCCGAGAGAUGCAUGCUCUUCAACGCAGUCCGUCCGACCGCCACUCCAGGCAUCCAGGCCAAUACAGACGUCUAUAAAAGCGGCACAGUCUACACAAUAUUUGUUCCUGUGAACAACAACACCAUCUCUGUGGUCUUGCGAGCACUGGACACUAACAACAGCACCGUAGGCCUCUGGGACAGAGCAGACCAGUAUUGCAACAGCAGCGUCCUGUAUUACAUGAAGGACAUGCGUGAAGGCUUCUUCAGGACCAGCUGGCAAUCUCCACAUUCCGUGAACAUAACUACAGUCGAGAUACAGAAUGACCACCACAUCACCCUCUAUGAGCUCCAUGACCAGGCCAACCACAACACGAAUCCUAUCCCCAACCCAAAGUCCAACUACAACCCGAGUCGUAACCAUGGCCCGAAUCCUAAAUGCAACCCCAACUCCAACCACAACCAAAAGCUUGGCCAACAGAAUCUUCCUCAGCCCCAUCACAGAUGCCAUUCAGAUCCUGCUUGUCUUUCUCGCCAGCAAACUCCUCUUCUAGAAGGAAGCUAG